AUGAGAUCUCCUACUUCAUGUGUUGUCAUCGCAACAAUAAUCAAAAUACAUGCAGAUGACGACUGGUAUUAUGUUGCCUGCACCAAAUGUGGAAAAAAAGUAGAUCGUUCUGUCACUACACUUGAAGAUGGUGACACUGAUGUCACUCAAACUGCCACCUUUGACUGUGGGGAAUGUGGUACAGUAACUGAUGUCUAUCCUAGAAUCAAAGUCCAGAUUAGGGUUCAAGAUGACACCGGAUCAAUCUCCUUUGUCCUGUUUGAACGCGAUGUUACUGCGUACAUUGGCAAGCCUGCUUCCGUCCUGUUGAAGAAAUAUAAGAAGAUUGAUGAUAAUGGAAUAUACCCAGAGGAAUUCAAUUCGUUUAUUAACAAACGAUUCGCAUUCAAGAUCCGCAUUUCUGAAUACAAUCUGAAAAACAAUUACCGUGUCUAUAUGGUUAACAAACUCUCAGAUGACGUGGAUAUCAUUGAUGUUGUUCUGAAGAACUCCACUGUUGAGGACAUUCCUUCUGAAGAUGAUACUCAUUUGCUAACAUCAGACCAGCAAGAAUUGGAUUCAUCUUCCAAGGCUAAUAUGUCUCUGAUGGGCGAAAAUAUCACACCUAGGAGUUCCAAAAGAAGACUUGAGUAUGGCAGUCAAGAGUUCAAUUCAGGGUCAACUUCUGCAACUCCUUCAAAUGGAUAUGAUGUGGGUACUGAUCCCAUAAUACUUUCUAUUUCUAACAGAUACUUUGGAGACCUACAAGCUUCUGUUAAUGGAUCCUUACUAUUGUACUCAAGCAAGAUACGCCGCAGGAUUCUUAUAUCAGAAAAACGAAGAAAAUCACUCUCCUUUCCAAAACGUCCACGACAUCUACUAAGUUUACAACAUUCUUUUAGACCAGAUCAAUUCAAUCCUAAAAAACGAGCUUGUCCUGGACGUAGACAAGAUCAAUAUAAUCCUAAAAAACGUGCUUGUCCUGGACCUAGACAACAUGAAAAUACAGUCUUACCAUCCACUCAUACAAAUACAGAUCACCUUCAUGGAUCUUCAUCGACACAAACAGAUGUUAAUCUCAUACGACCCUACACACAUGCAUCAGCAGGCACACAACAUGCUCAACAUGAACAAGUAUUGCCGAGAAACAUAUCCUUCCACGCUACUUCUUCACAAACUCCAUUUACACUUACACCCACUUUUGAUAACGGUCAGUCAUCUACAACUAUAAACAGGGCUACUGAUAAUAUCAAUUCAAGGAGCACGACAUGCAAAAGAGCCUAUGUGCCUGACUAUCCAGUUAGGCCAGGAUAUCCAAAAAAGAGACGUAUGAAUUUACCAACAAUUCCCCGGUUUCAAACUCCUGAUACAGAAACCGAUGACAUGGUGCAACAAAAGAACAAAUCUAUAGGAAUUUGUUCAGAGUAUUUGGAUGUAGGCGACCCAGACCAGUGUUGUAAAACAUGUAAAGCACUUUUGUGGUAUGACGAAGCAACUACAAACAACCCGUACCUAACAAAGCCAAGUUUCUCACUUUGUUGUGGUGGCGGAAAAGUACAAUUAUCCAACCUGAAAAAACCGCCAACUAUGUUGCUCGAUCUUUACAGCGGUAAACAUGCUGCAUCAAAGGAUUUUCUGGAUAACAUCAGGCGUUACAACAUAAUGUUUAGUUUUACUUCAUUGGGUGCAAAAGUUGAUCACCGUGUUAACAGCGGUCAUGGUCCAUAUGUAUAUAGAAUACACGGUCAAAACUACCAUUCUAUAGGUGAUUUGUUUCCACAGGAAGGACAACCACCAAAGUUUUGCCAACUAUACAUUUUCGACACGGACAAUGAACUUAACCACCGCUUUCGUGCUUUUGAUGUCAACGACCUCCACAAAUUAUCAAUUACAGAAAUUCAAUCUACUCCAUUUUGGAUUGCGCAUCAGCUAAAGGGACUGUUGGAUGAAAUAAACCCUUUAGUUAAGCAAUUCAGAAUGGCUAAAGAUCGAAUAAUUUUCAGCCAGAAUGAUGAUGUUAAGUUGAUACUCAUUGGUCGUAGGGAGACAGACGGCCGCCAAUAUAACCUCCCUACUGCAAGCGAGGUAGCUGCUCUAAUUGUCGGUGAUAUUGAUGGAAAUGAUAACAGGGACAUCAUUCUUGAAAAACAUUCAGGUACUUUACAGAGAAUCAAUGAGUUGCAUCCAUCUUACUUAGCUCUUCAAUAUCCAUUGCUCUUUCCUUAUGCUGAAGAUAGAUUUCGUACGGAUAUCUUACAUCGUGAUAUAAUAGAAGCAAGUACUUCUAAACGUAACAGCCUCACUAUGCGGCAGUUUUCUGCAUAUCGGAUACAACAAAGAACAAAUGAGGUGUCAUUGCUGCUUAUGGCACGUAGAUUGUUCCAACAGUUCUUGGUAGAUAUUUAUACUAUGGUUGAAUCACAACGCCUUAAUUACUUUAAGUUCAACCAGAAAGUAUUAAGAAUCUGUCCACAAAACAAUUUGAAAACCUUUCAUAACCAAGGCAACACAGAUGGAUCUAAAACCGGGAAUCGUCUCGUCAUUCCAUCUUCAUUUACCGAAGGAACAAGGUACAUGAGACAAAACUAUUUGGAUGCAAUGACUCUAUGCAAAUGGUAUGGUUACCCUGAUCUCUUCAUUACCAUUACUUGCAAUCCUAAAUGGCCCGAAAUUCUCAGAUUUCUUGAGAAACAUGGACUUAAACCCGAAGACCGGCCUGAUAUAACAACAUGUAUGUUUAAGAUGAAGCUUGAUAUGCUUAUCUCUGAUCUGAAAGACAACGAAAUUAUUGGGGCCGUCAAAGCAAUUGUCUACACCGUAGAAUUUCAAAAAUGUGGCCUCCCACAUUGUCAUAUAUGUUUAUUUCUAGAACAGAAAAUAGCCAACCCACAAGAAGCCGAUCGAUUCAUCUCAGCUGAAAUACCUAAUAUCGAUGAUGAUGCACAACUUUAUGAGCUCGUGUCUGAGUUCAUGAUGCAUGGUCCUUGUGGCGAAGACAAUCCAAAAUGUCCUUGCAUGAUAAAAGACAAAUGCUCGAAAAAAUUCCCAAAAAAAUUCAGUGAAGAAACGCAUCUUGAUGAAGACGGAUUUCCAAUUUAUAAGAGACGUAACCUUGGUCAUAGAGUCAAAAAGGGUUCAAAAUGGUUGGAUAACAGAAAUGUUGUCGGUUACAACGGUACUUUGCUGAAACGCUAUCAAUCGCAUAUAAAUACCGAGUGGUGCAAUCAAGUUGGAUCAAUAAAAUACCUAUUUAAAUACGUGAACAAGGGUCAUGAUCGCAUUACUGCUGCAGUUUGCCGUCCAAAACCAAACAACUCUGAAGCACCAACGACAGAUAAAAAAGAUGAAUUUGAAGAAUGGUAUGACUGUAGGUAUAUAUCUGCAUGCGAAGCGUGUUGGAGGUUGUUUGCUUUUGAUAUUCAUUAUCGAACACCAUCAAUUCAGCGUUUGUCAUUUCAUAUCGAAGGUUCCCAGCCUGUUGUCUAUGAUGGUGAAGAGCCAAUUGAAGAUGCUCUUGCAAAACCUUCUGUUGCAAAAUCACAAUUUCUAGGCUGGUUUCAGUUCCCUACAAAGUUUGUCUGGAACGCCACGGACAGGAAAUGGACUCCAAGAGAAAAAGGAUUCUCAAUUGGAAGACUACACCAUGUACCUCCGAAAGUAGGUGACUUAUAUUACCUACGCAUUUUGCUCAACAUAGUUAAGGGUGCAACAAGCUAUGAAGACAUCAAUACAGUAGACGGAAAAUAUUAUGAAACCUUCAAGGAAGCUUGCCAAGCCCUGGGACUUCUUGAUGAUGACAACGAAUAUAUUUGCUGCAUAAAAGAAACCAACCAGUGGGCAAGUGCUGAAUAUUGUAGGUCAAUAUUCGUUAUGUUGAUCAUGUCUGAUAGUUUGUCAAGACCGGAACAUGUUUGGGAAGAAACAUGGGAAAUUCUGUCCGAAGAUAUUAACUACAUACGUCGUAAAGAAACUGGUAUCCCCGAUCUGAACCUAUCUACACAAGCACGAAAAAACCAUGCCUUGGCCAAAAUCGAACAACUGUUGGUUGCUAACGGAUCAAGUCUAAAAAACAUCCCGAACAUGCCAUUUCCAGAUUAUAUCGUCAUUCAAGAAUCCUGCAAUAUGUUGAUUCAUCGGGAACUCUGUUAUGACCAAAAACUUAUGAAUGACCUUCACAACACAUUGUACUCUACAAUGACAGAUGAACAAAAGGAUGUUUAUACUCGUGUCAUGGCCGCAGUUGACAAAAAUGAUGGAGGGGUUUUUUUCUUAUAUGGUUAUGGUGGAACAGGUAAGACAUAUAUUUGGAAGACUUUAUCAUCGGCUAUUCGUUCAAAGGGUGAGAUAGUCUUGAAUGUUGCAUCAAGUGGUAUCGCAUCUUUACUGCUAGAAGGUGGCAAAACAGCUCAUUCUAGAUUCCGUAUACCGAUCAACAUAAAUGAGGAUUCUUUUUGUUCUAUAACUCCGGAUAGUGAUUUAGCAGCAUUGAUAGUAAAGACAAGAUUAAUUAUUUGGGACGAGGCACCUAUGAUGCAUAGACAUUGUUUUGAAGCGUUGGACAAAACAUUGCGUAACAUACUUGCUUCAUCAUCUCGUGCUUCAAGUGAUAAACCUUUCGGAGGCAAAGUAAUUCUUUUUGGGGGUGACUUCCGUCAGAUUCUUCCAGUUAUUCAACGAGGCACUCGUGCACAAAUUGUUAACGCAUCAAUAAAUUCUUCUGACAUAUGGCGUCACUGUACUGUUUUGAGGCUAACCGAAAACAUGCGUUUAAAGUUAGGGAGCCCACAAUCAUCACUCACUGAAGUCAAGGCCUUUUCAGAUUGGCUCAUACAAAUUGGUGAAGGAACUAUCGGAGAUAACAAUAAAGGCGGAGAAGCUGAUGUUCAAUUCCCGGAUGAUGUGCUUAUCAAAUCUGAUGGUGAUCAUAUUAAGGCCAUUGUUGAUGCAAUUUAUCCCAAUAUUAACGAUCACCUUCAUGAACCUGGAUAUUUUCGUGACAAGGCUAUAUUAGUUCCAACUAACGACGAGGUUGAUCGCAUCAAUGACCAUGUUUUGUCCCUGAUAAAAGCAGAAGAGAGGACAUACUUCAGUUCUGAUCGUCCAUGUGAAACCGAAUCACUUGACGCCUUUCAACAAUCUUUAUAUUCACCAGAUGUUCUAAAUGGAUUUAAGAUCUCCGACACACCAAACCAUAAGCUGCUUUUAAAACCAGGUGUUCCUGUUAUGCUCCUUCGAAAUAUAGAUCAGUCUAAAGGUUUGUGUAAUGGAACAAGAUUGCAAGUUGUGCGUAUGGCUCCCCAUGUCAUUGAAGCAAAAAUCAUCUCAGGUUCAAAUGUGAACGAUGUAGUGUACAUACCAAGGAUGAAGAUUACACCAUCAGACAUACGAAUUUCGUUUAAGUUUCAAAGACGUCAAUUUCCUUUGGUUGUUUGCUUUGCCAUGACCAUUAAUAAAAGCCAAGGACAGUCGUUAGCUCAAGUGGGUUUGUUUUUACAACGUCCGGUUUUCACACAUGGUCAACUAUAUGUCGCACUUUCAAGGGUUACGACCAAAUCUGGUUUGAAGGUCCUUAUUGUCGAUAAAGGUGGAAAAACUUCAAGCAAAACAACCAAUGUCGUCUAUAAAGAAGUGCUACAAAAGAUUUGA